CAAGGCUCCCCAAAAACUCAGUUUUCUGCUAGGAAGCUCGCAGCAGGCUUAUGGCAGUUUCGAUUUAAGGAGGUUUCACCUUUCCCACAUGGAUCUUUCCGUUUCUCUAACUCACAGUCACGGCUUGAAUGUUCAAAGGAAGAGAUGACAGCUUUUUCUUCUAAGAUUCAUAGCAAGAAGCAUCUUAAAGAAAGAAAAUUAAGAGGUGACUCUGUUGUCUCUGCUCUGAUACCAGAACUCCUUCGGGCUCAAAGGUGCAUCAAUAAGCUUAAAGCCGAACACAAUUCCUCUAAGAAAAAGCUAAAACAAUUGGUUCGGAACCUUGAAGAGGAAAAAAUCCUCUGGAAGCAUAGAGAAGCCCAGAAGAUUCAAGCAAUUUUAGAUGAGUUAAAGGAUAAGUUGGCAAGGGAAAAGAGAAGUAGGGAGAGGAUGGAGUUACUGAAUACCAAAUUGCUACAUGAGCUGGCUGAAGCCAAGCUAUAUGCCAAGAAAUUUAUGAUAAAAUAUGAGGAAGAGAAAAAAGAAAGAGAACUAAUGGAGCAAGUUUGCAAUGAAUUAGCUAUGCAAAUAGGAGAAGACAAGGCUAAGCUUGAGGGAUUACAGAAGGAUUUUAUGGAUAUUCGCGAGGAAGUGGAAGAAGAGAGGAAGAUGUUCCAAAUGGCUGGGCUAUGGCGUGAAGAAAGUAUGCAGAUGAAGCUAGUUGAUGCAAAACUUGCUCUUGAAGAUAAGUAUAAUCAGAUGAUCCAGUUGAUUGCUUAUAUGCAGGAUUUCUUAAGGUCAAGGGGUGAUGAGCUAGACACCAUGAAAUCAAGGGACGCUCAGUUGAUCAAACAGGCUGCUGAAUCAGUAAAUGUUCAAUGUAUAAAAGAAGAACUUUCAUAUGAUUUCUCAAAGUCAAAUGAAAAUUUUCCCAUUUACGAGGAGCUCAGAAAAGGCAAAAUCAACGAGAGAGCGAUUAAAGCAGACUCCCUUCCCUCAUCCACCAUCCACAUCGUGAGUUUUGAUGAAGAUUACUUAAACAAUUACUCUGUGUUACAUCAACCGAGCACCUCCAGUGAUUAUGGUUGUUACAAACACCGUGAUUCCGUGGCACAACAUAAUUCAGAAGAUCUUACAUUUGAUGAGUGUAAAGGGAGAUUCACAACAGGCUCAUCAUUUCAUAGCGGUGGGAUUACUUCCACUUUUAUGUGUAAAGGUUCAGGGGAAGGUGGCUUCAAACGUUGGGAAUUAUUGGGACAACGAAACUCUACAGACACCAUGAAUCCACACAUAACUCGUGGGAUUAAAGGAUGCAUAGAAUGGCCACGACCACGAGGCAUUUCCAAAACCAAUUCGAAGGCCAUCUCUUUGGAAGAAAGAGUGCGAAAACAGAAAUCUCAGUUACAACUUAUACUUAAGCAGCAGGCUUAA